AUGGGAAAUUUCAUUGGCCAUGUAUAUCCAGGCCUGUUCCUGUUCUUCUUUGGGCUGUAUCAGGCAAUAGUGGUCUCCAAAGCUGUGCUCUCCAAUGACUCGCUCCUGUAUCCUUCAUGGCCUCCCAAGAAUAAGGGAAGAUGGGCUAGGCUGUGGAAAAUAUCCUUUGGAGGUUGGGCAAAGAUAGUGGCUGGCAUUCUCUUCAUAUGGUGUGACAUCCUCACCAGUGAAGAACCAAUCAGAUUUAUGAGCAAGGAGACACCACCAAGGUUCAUGUACCCCAAAGAGUGGCAGCACUUCACCAUGUUCACUCUCCUCAUCCUCAGUGGCUGUGCAGAUGUCCUGAGCAAGAAUGUGCUGCCUCAGAGAUUUGUGGUCCUAGAAAAGGGCACCCUGGUCCUGGGUUCCUAUGAGCUGCUGCUGCUGCUGGUGUCUCAUGUGAAGAGCUCCUCAGGGGUAGAGCUGCAAGUCCACUCUCUGCUCAUCUUGGUGAUGUUCCUGUUGAUGGUGGUGCUGACUGCAGAGCUCUGGGCUCCUGAGAUGGUUCACCUCUGGGUGAUGGAGACUUUUCUGUUCCUGAUCAUGGGCUCCUGGCUGGUGCAGGCAGGAUUUAUUCUAUACAAGCCAAUCUCUGGUUAUCCAUGGGAUGAUGAUGACAUCAGUGACAUCAUGUUCAUCACCACCUUCUUCUGCUGGCAUGUAAUGAUCGAUGCUCUGUGCCUUCUGGGAAUCUAUGGCCUCUCUUCCUUUUGGCACCACUGCUACAGCCCCAGCUUGAAGUUGAUGGGGUCCAGAGAUGCUUUGUGUCACGAGAGCACUCCAGGGCCUCUCUACAGCCUGCUGCGAGAAGUGGAGCAGCCAGAGAAGGAUGACCAGGCCCCCCUCCUUUCAAAGAGCUCCCACUGA